GGAGGCUGUUGGUCCUUGGUGGAGAAAUGUCCUAUUGAACCAUUGAUUCUCAGCUCUCUGGAGAUGUGGAAAUGUUAAAUCCACAUCAGAUCCACUUCGUCUGCAUCUCUGUAAAUGAUUCACGCUGAUACGAGUUUUCUGUUCCGCCAUCAACACGUAAACUAUAUAAGAGCUUUUUGAGGCAGAACCCCCUCCAGAACUCAUCAGCUGGCUUUUCUCGUUGAAACCUUCCACUCAGUGCUGUCAACAUGGAGAGUCUGCUCCGCGGCGUGCUGGCCAUGUUGUUCUUGGGGUUGUUCCAGCAGGGAGCUGUUGUGGCCGACUGGCCGUACACAUCUGUGCUGACUGUGACAAACGGACAGCGGUGGGGAACAUGGAGGGGGCCCGAGAUGUGUCCUGACCAGUACUUUGCAGUUGGCUUCAUUACCAGGGUGGAGGCCAAACAGAGCGGAGGUGACGACACGGCCAUGAACGGGAUCCGUCUCAUCUGCACCUUAUACGGGCACCGGACGCACAUUGUGGAGUCUCACCCUGGCUUCUGGGGUGAAUGGUCCAACCCUCAGUACUGCCCGGGUGGCGUGCUCACCUCUUUCCAGCUCCGCGUGGCGACCCUUCGGGGCAUUUUUGCUGACGACACUGCCGUCAACAACAUCAAGUUCCGCUGCAGCAACGGCCAUGAGCUGGAGGGCAGCGGCCUGGACUGGGGGGGGUACGGCAGGUGGAGCCAGGAUUGUGGCCAUGGAGGAAUCUGCGGCAUCGAGACCAAGAUGGAGGCCCGACAGGGGAAAGGGGACGACACCGCCCUCAACGACGUGCGCUUCAUUUGCUGUGGCAGAUCCCAGAAGGUGGAGCCCAAACAGGGCGGAGGUGACGACACGGCCAUGAACGGCAUCCGCCUCAUCUGCGGCAAAGACGGGGACCGGACGCACAUUGUGGAGUCUCACCCUGGCUUCUGGGGUGAAUGGUCCAACCCUCAGUACUGCCCGGGUGGCGUGCUCACCUGUUUCCAGCUCCGCGUGGCGACCCUUCAGGGCAACGAUGACGACACCGCCGUCAACAACAUCAAGUUCCGCUGCAGCAACGGCCAUGAGCUGGAGGGCAGCGGCCUGGACUGGGGGGGGUACGGCAGGUGGAGCCAGGAUUGUGUCAACGGAGGAAUCUGCGGCAUCGAGACCAAGGUGGAGGAACUCCAGGGGGAAGAGGAUGACACCGCCCUAAACGACGUGCGCUUCCGUUGCUGUGCAAGAGCCCAGAAGUGAUUGACAGGUUAGCAGCAUGGUCCGCUCACCUGUGAUUGACAGGUGAGCAGCAUGGUCCGCCCCUCCUCCCUCACCCUUAAUUAAACAAUGAUUAAUAAUAAAGUGCUCAUUUGAAUCGC